AUGUUCAUGCAUUUGGAGGUCUGUUACUAUAUCUUCAUUUUGAUGACUCACAUGACAAGGUCCUGCUUCAGCUGGUCAGUGAAUAAUUUCCUGAUGACUGGACCUAAGGCUUACCUGAUUUACUCCAGCAGCGUAGCAGCCGGGGCGCAGAGCGGCAUCGAGGAGUGCAAGUACCAGUUUGCCUGGGACCGAUGGAACUGCCCUGAGAGAGCCCUGCAGCUGUCCACACACAGAAGCCUCCGCAGCGCGAACAGGGAGACAGCGUUUGUCCAUGCCAUCAGUUCAGCAGGAGUCAUGUACACUCUGACGAGGAACUGCAGUCUGGGGGACUUUGACAACUGUGGCUGUGAUGACACCAGGAAUGGACAGCGGGGGGGUACAGGCUGGCAGUGGGGGGGCUGCAGUGACAACGUGGGGUUCGGUGAGGCCAUCUCCAAGCAGUUUGUUGAUGCGCUGGAGACGGGCCAGGACGCACGGGCCGCCAUGAACCUCCACAACAACGAGGCUGGACGCAAGGCGGUGAAAGGAACCAUGCAGAAGACAUGUAAGUGCCAUGGCGUCUCCGGGUCCUGCACCACACAGACCUGCUGGUUACAGCUACCAGAGUUCCGGGAGGUGGGAAACUACUUGAAGGAGAAGUACCACCGAGCCCUGAAGGUGGACCUGCUCCGGGGGGCCGGGAACAGUGCAGCCAGUCGAGGGGCCAUCGCAGAGACUUUCAGCUCCUUCUCUCGUAAAGAACUGGUCCACCUGGAGGACUCCCCAGAUUACUGCUUGGAGAACCGUACUCUGGGUCUGCCUGGCACGGAGGGCAGAGAAUGUCUGAAGAAGGGCAAGAACCUAAACAAGUGGGAGAAGCGGAGCUGCAAGAGGCUGUGUGGGGAGUGCGGUUUAGCCGUGGAGGAGAGGAAGGCGGAGUUGGUGUCGAGUUGCAAUUGUAAGUUCCACUGGUGCUGUGCGGUGAAGUGUGAGCAGUGCCGUAAGACGGUGACCAAGUACUUCUGUGUGAAGAAGGGGGGGCAGAGGGGGAAGAACGAGAGUGCUGGGAGCCGUAAGAAGAACCUGAGGCUGAGGAAGAAGCACUGAGCUGCAUCCAUCUUCCUCACCAUCAUCAUCACUGCCAUACAUACGCCUUGUCUUCUCACAAGCUGAUUUUCACAGACCCUCUCAAACGUUUUUACAACAAGCUUUCUGCUUGUAUUCAAAAGACUUAAUUGGAAAAUAAUUUAUUGAAUAAGUCAAGUAUUGUUGUUAUCCCAAUCAAAUGUUUAAUAGUGGGGUAGAAAAUGUGUGUAAAAAAAACAUGUAGAUAAAACUACAUGAUAGAGAAAAAAUAGAGGGAAACUAUUAGUUGUGUAGAACUGAUGGUAUAAAUGGUAUACAUAUAUUUAAAAGUAUUUUUUUUAAACUUUUCCCCCCAAUUAUAUAUAUUAUUAUAAGUCAUUGGGCAUUUAAAGCAUGUUAAAUACGGCCACACUCAAUAAUCUCCUUCAUACCUGAUAUCUUGAACAACUCUUCCUUAAUGGUCCGUCAACGGUAAACCUCAACAGCAUCUUAUUUAUUGUCAUAAGUACCACCAAUGAGCUACGCCAUUUCCGAUUGGUCAGUUUAUCAAACAUUCCUUCCAGUCAUGAUGACCAAGCUCUCUCUACCUGUGACAGUGCCUGAGAUCGAAGCAUCCCAGUAGUUUGUUCAAGCAUGUAUCACAACAGAUAUUCAGAUUAUAGGUUUGAAAAACAAGAAGAGACUUCGGGGUGCAUUCCUCUCGUCCAAUCCCUUGCCCUGCCCUCCCCAGCCCAGCCUUACCUUGAGGAUGUAUUUAAUUGUAAAUAAAAUGAAGCACUUUGUUCGGUAUAUUGUUUAUUUAUUGCACAGUUUUUUCCUUAGUUUUUGCUUUAUUCAUAGUUGCUUUCAUGGUUGUUAUUAUUUUCUAUAAAACCUUUGUAAUUAAAGAAGUAUAAU